UGCUAUCCAAACUCAGUACAGUAAUUUGGUUACACUAGAUUACUUACCCAUUAUUUUUAUUCGUAAUUUCCAAAUCGAGCUAUAUUUUUUGAACUUUCUCUCGCACUCACUGCAAAGACAACAGAGUAACCGAGCAACGAAGGCAAACCCAAAACAAAAAAUAAAUAAAUAAAAAGAAACUAAUUUUUUUUCUUCUUGAUUUGCAAGCAAGAUUACUCACUGAGUCACUCUCUCCCUUUUUUGGGCUAACUUCCUCAUGGAAUGGUAGAUUUGAGCAUCGAAAGUAUUGCAUUUGCGAGGUAGUUGCUGUUUGGCUUGAUCUCCACAUUAUGGGAAAAUCACCGGGAAAAUGGAUUAAGACUGUGCUUUUUGGAAAGAAAUCUUCCAAAUCUAGUUAUCCUAAAGGAAGGGAGAAGGUUGCCAAUGAGAGAGAGGUAUUGGUUCCGGCCAGGGCGUCAGAAACUGAUGUGGUUGUGGCUCCUCCCUUCUCUUCUCAGAUGAAUCCAUAUGCUACCAAGGGAGAUGAAAAGAAAUUAGAAUUGGAGAACAAGGAAACUGCAAAUAUCUCACACGAUGACGGCAUAUCACUGCCAAUGAGUCAAGGCAUAGAUUCUCAGGAGUCCACUCGUCAAGAUUCACCGUAUGAUCCUGAAAGGAUAAAGCAAGAACAAGCAGCAACAAUGGCACAGGCUGCUUUUAGGGGUUACCUGGCUCGCCGGGCAUUCCGGGCCCUCAAAGGCAUUAUAAGGCUACAGGCACUUAUUCGUGGCCACUUGGUUAGAAGGCAAGCUAUUUCUACUUUGUGCUGUAUGAUGGGAAUUGUCAAGCUACAAGCACAUGUUCGGGGACUAAUGGUCAGGCAUUCUGAUGGUGGUCUUGAAGUGCAGAAAAAAUGCAAUCAAAUAAACCUUCUGCAGGAGAGCAAACUUGUAGUUUUUCUUGGAGUUAAUAUGCCUGCACGCAUUGGAAAGUUGUCAGCAAAUGUUUUUGUUUGUAAGCUUGUUGCUUCAUCACCUGCUGUAAUGCCUGUGCACCUCCGUUAUGAUAUUGGGGAACCAAAUUCCGUCUGGAACUGGUUAGAGCGCUGGUCAGUAUCCUGCUUCUGGAAACCAGUUCCUCAACCAAAGAAAGCCUCUGACUAUAAAUUGCAGAAGAAGCAGUUUAAUGGUCAAGCUGUUGAAAUGGAUACAGGUCGACCAAAACGGAGUGUCCGCAGGAUUCGUCCUGCAAAUCUGGAUGGUACCUCUGUUCAAGCAACCUCUGAAUUUGAUAAGACCAAGCGUAACCUGAGAAAAAAUUCCAGCCAUCCAGCUGAGUCAGUGCAGGAAAACCCACAAAAUGAACUUGAAAAGGUGAAACGCAACUUGAGAAAGGUUCAUAAUCCUGUAGUAGACAAUUCACUGCGAUCAGAGGUUGAAUUUGAAAAGCCAAAGCAAAGUUUGGAAAAUGCCUCAAGCACUACGAAUAUUGAUACUUUGGAGCAGAGCCUAAACAGUUCAGCUGAGAAGACAAACCAAGAGAUGGCCAUGACAGUAGAUAGUUCAGCUGAGAAGAUGAAGAAAGAGACUGCCAUGACAGUAAAUAGCUCGGCUGAGAAGAUUAGAAAAGAGACGGUUACAGUAAAUAGCUCAGCUGAGAAGAUGAAGAAGGAGAUGGCCUUGACAAUUAAUAGCUCAGCUGAGAAGAUUAGAAAGGAGGCACAUACAGUAUUUAGCUCAGCUGAGAGGAUGAAGAAGGAGACGGCCUUGACAAUUAGUAGCUCAGCUGAGAAGAUUAGAAAAGAGACACCUACAGUAUUUAGCUCAGCUGAGAGGAUGAAGAAGGAGACGGCCUUGAUAAUUAGUAGCUCAGCUGACAAGAUUAGAAAAGAGACACCUACAGUAUUUAGCUCAGCUGAGAGGAUGAAGAAGGAGACGGCCUUGACAAUUAAUAGCUCAGCUGAGAAGAUGAAGAAAGAGGCAGCCAUGACAGUAAAUAGCUCAGCUGAGAAGAUGAGACAAGAGAUGACUACAGUAAAUAGCUCAGCUGAGAAGCUGAAGAAAGAGACGGUCUUGACAAUUAAUAGCUCAGCUGAGAAGAUGAAGAAAGAAGCAGCCAUGACGGUAAAUAGCUCAGCUGAGAAGAUGAGACGAGAGAUGACUACAGUAAAUAGCUCAGCUGAGAAGCUGAAGAAAGAGACAGCCUUGACAUUAAAUAGCUCAGCUGAGAAGAUGAAGAAAGAGAUGGCUACGGCAGUGAAUGGCUCAGCUGAGAAGACAGAGAAACAGAUGACUAUGGCAGUUUCAAAAUCACCUGACAUUGAAACUAUGCCAGUGCAAUUAGGGAUGAAUGAGACAUCAGAUUUAUUGCAUGCUGAUCCUGAAGCUGUUGACUUGAAGCCUUCCGUAGAUAGAACUGUUAAGGAUGAGAAUACUCCCACGAAAAAUGUGGAGUUGAACAGGAAGGAUGAUUCGGUGAAUAAUGAGAAUCAGAAGUCUGGCAGGAAAGCAUCUACUACUGCAAAACAAGAUCGCACAGAGAAUGAGCCUCAGAACAGUCCUGCACUGCCAAGCUACAUGGCAGCAACUGAGUCUGCCAAGGCUAAGCUGAGACUACAAGGCUCUUCUUGCUCUGGUCAGGAUGGAGGUGACAAAAAUAACCUCACUCGUCGCCAGUCUUUGCCAUCUUCAGCUAAUAGUAAAAUAAGCUCACAGUCACCAAGGACACAGAGACUGGUUCAUUCAGGGAAAGCAGGGAGCAAAAGUGACAGAUCUAUGUUGUCAUCCAGAGAUGGAAAUGCAAAGGCGACCCAAGUAGAGUGGAAAAGGUGAUCUUUUGAAAUAUUGUGAUUUAUGAGUUAGCAUGAGGGAUUCAAGAUUCAUAUGCGUUUUGGAUUUAUAUUUACAUCUUUGGUGUAACAUUAUAGAAUGUGGUGUGAAACUGAAACCUGGUCUAUAGUCGAAGGUGUGUGCAGACGGAGUGCCUCUGAAAAUUUUCUGUAUUCUGGGUGUUUAUGAGUGAGUGUGUGUACAUCAAAAGAUUUGCAACUUUCAACUUGCCACAAUCGUCAUUAUUAUUAAAUUUCAUUUUCGUUCGUUGUUAAUUUGCCUUGCUAUUGAUGUUGUAUUGCUGCUGUUGUACCUGUUCUUGGCUUCUUACUGCUUAUUAGGUUCCCUUGGUAUCCCAGCCAAUUAAUUUCAGGAAAAAUUCAGUGAGCAACAUUUGUUGUUCGGCAUUGUGUACGAGUAAACACAAAAAGUUAUUCUCCUGGACAUCUCGCCGU